AGGCCUAGGCGUCACAUCCUGCAGGAUGACGGAUAUAAAGGGCAGGAUUUCCGCUUGCGCUCCUUUCCGGCGGUGACGACCUCCCCACGACAACAUGCCUCUCGCAAAGGAUCUCCUUCAUCCCUCUCCAGAAGAGGAGAAGAGGAAACACAAGAAGAAGCGCCUGGUGCAGAGUCCCAAUUCCUAUUUCAUGGAUGUGAAAUGCCCAGGUUGCUAUAAAAUCACCACCGUCUUUAGCCAUGCACAAACGGUAGUUUUGUGUGUUGGCUGCUCCACUGUCCUCUGUCAGCCUACAGGAGGAAAAGCAAGGCUUACAGAAGGAUGCUCCUUCAGAAGGAAGCAGCACUAAAAGUACCACGAAUCAAGAUGAGUGGGGAACCAUCCCAAUAAACACAUUUUGGAUACAUCCUGUUUAUUGUCUUGUAGUUUACUGCUAGGAAGUUAAAUAUUCCCUCAAAUAUUCAGGGACAACCAGAAGAAUGGACUGCUAGUCAUUGAGGGCAAGUAAGUAGCCAAGUACUUAAAUAGUCCAUUUGGGACAUUUCUGUCCACCUGGGCACAUUAAGUAAAUCUUCAGAGCUUGAUGAAAAAAAUGUGGUAUACCAUAUAAAUGAGAUAUUUACUUUCACUUUUAUGUUUUCUUAUAACUAAGAACAGGAACUGACAGUUAAUCUUUGAAACACAAUCCAACACACUACUUUAAUACAAAACAGCUCGGGAUCCUUUAUUUACAGUUGUCCAAAACCUUGUUCUGAGGCUUGGGAAUAUAGAGGUUGUUGCUAGGCGGUUCCUGGGGGAUAAGGGCAAGAAACCUCCAGUGUCCUCCAGUUAAGGAGACUUGUCCAAGUGGAGGUUAGUGCCUUAUGCUCCACAGCCAGUAUUGCAGCCGACUCUGGGCUGGUGGGGGCUGUGGACUCAUGAAGCGGGGAGAACGAGUGGAGGUAUAAGAACCUAGGAAUAAGUGGAGAAGGGAAAUAGGUGAAAGGUGAAUAAAACCUGGUUAUCAGAUUUGAAGGAGAUAAGGAAGGUGAUUCUUUACCUGACUCGGGUAUUCCUUGAGUUGGUACAUAAACAACUGGAAUUGUCUGUAUCUUAUUUAGGAAGGCAUUGUAUGCUGGAAUAAGAACAAAGAUGUCAGUAAAGAAGCCGAUUUAUCUUCAUUGCAGGAAGGCCUUAGUAAUAUUUCAGAUUAAGUAACUUGAUAGUAAUUUGGAAAUUUGUAUUCAGUUAUUUUUAGAGAUACUUUCCUCUUUCUGGCCAAAAGAUGGGGGGAAGUGCAGGUGUAGAUAAAAUAGUGUGUGUUGUGUUGUUCACAUCAUCCUUAGCUAUGAAUUUGAGCAAAGCAGCCAUUAUAUUAAGGGUUAGCAGUGAUUUACACUUCUGGAUGGUAUUUGUUUGCCACAUCCAGUGUAUGGUAGUCAUAAUUUGAGUGGGGCCUUUGCUAGGUGACUGGGGUUAGAGAGGCUGUAUCAGUUUCAACUGCUUGUCCCAAAUUAGAUGUGAUGAACAACUAAUUCUCAUCCUUAUUUAGUUUGUGAAAUACAAAGGCAUUUUCCAAGUCAAAAGUCCAUUACCUAGAAAGAUGAAAGCUGUUGAUGCCAACACUGCAAAGAGAGUCAAGAGGAUCUGGUAAGAACCCACGAACUUCUGGAGGACACCUGAAUCUUCACAUUGAUCUAUGUAUUGGCCAGAACAAGAGAAGAUGGUUAUUUAAUAACACAAGGCAGAUGCUGCAUUUAAAACCUUGUCACCAUUAACGUAUCUAGCAGAAGCACUCAAUACCGAGCCCUCUAGAACCGUGAUUUUCAACUGGUUGCAAGAACUUUGAAAAUAUGCAAUAUUUGACUGCUUAGACAGGGCCACUGACCUUUUUUCCCUUAGACAAGUCUGUCAUUU